AUGGGUAUACCAUAUUUCAAUAAGUUUAUUAAUGAACAUACUUCACCACCACUUUUCACGCCAAUUACGCUGACAAAAAAUGACUAUGUGAUUAUAGAUGGUAAUUAUCUAUGUCAUCAUAUUUUCAUGAACUGUAACCAAUGUUCUCUAUUCGCCUACGACAAAUAUUAUGAACAAAUAUUGAAAAUAUUGAAAAUAUUUAAAGAUAAAUGUCAAAGUAUUUAUUUUAUAUUUGAUGGAGUAUACAAUAAAAAGUAUGAUACAAAUUACGUUUAUUCCUUUGAUGAUAGUGUUCAACAACAGCGACAAAUACCACUAUUAUUUCACUUGACUAUGAUCAAUAUAUUAGAAAAACUAAAAAUACCAUAUAAAUCAGCUGUAGAAGAAGCAGAUCCACUUUGUGCACACAUGGCCAACGAACUUAAAGCCUAUGUUAUUGGAUUCGAUAGUGAUUAUUACUUUUACAACAUCAACAAAGGAUAUAUACCGUUAAAAUAUUUCGAUUUGAACACAUUAUCCGGUAAACUUUAUUGUCAUACGACAUUACUAAAUGUUUAUCAAGGUUUAACUAUAAAAUGUUUGGCGUUAUUUCCAAUUAUUAUGAAUUCAGUGGGUUAUAAGACGAAUGAUCAAAAAGUGUUGAAAUCAUAUUUAACAACAAAUUGCCAAAGUGAAAAUAGAAAAGAAAAUAAAGAGGAAAAAGACGAAAGUAGAACAUGUGACAAUGCAAAUCGAAUACAAAUCUUAACGAAUAUUACGUAUUUACUGCAAUGGUUGACAAAUGUUCAAAAUCAAAAGAACCUUGAUGUAAAAACAAUUAUCAGUAAAUUGAUUAACGAUAAACAUUCUCUAUUAUUCCAAUUAUUUGAUACCAAAAAGAAACAAGAACAACUUAUUAAAUCAGCUAAUAUGUUUAGUAAUCCGUCAGAUGUUAAUAAUUUAAAGGAAGAGUAUACAAAUCUUAUCCCAGAUUAUUUAAUGGAAUCAUUUUUUAAUGGCUAUUUAGAUUCAUCAAUUAGUACACUAUGUAUAUUUGGUCGUUAUACAUCUCAUUAUAAUCAAAAUUUACAACAUCAAAACAUACUUUUACCAAUAUGUUCAAAAUUAUUUGGUAAAUCGAGUCAAGAAUCUUCCAAUCAUCAUGUUCAAUUUAUAUAUAAACAUACCAAUUCUGUUAAUACAAUAGAGGUGCCUCCAAUAUAUAAAAUAGGAUAUGAAGAACAUAAUAUGAGAGACGUUUAUCGAUGUCUAACUUAUAUCUUUGAAAAUAGUCAAACCACUGAAGAUGAAUUAUUCAAUGACAAUCGUAUACAUCAAGCUCAUCAUCUAUGGUUAUUAAUUAUGCGUUACUGGUACUGUACAGAAACAGAAACAAAGAUAAAUAAGCAAAAUUAUUUAUGUAGUUUUAUUCUAUCGUACUUAACAUUAAAUUUCCUUGAUAGAUAUGAUGAUAAGUCUGUUAUCAAAGAUGUCUUGCCAACAAAACCAUUCCUUCAAUAUUCACUUGAAUCGUUUGACAAAUUAUCAAAAUCCCGUUGGCAAAAAAUUCAUUCUAAAAUUUUAAGAAUUUAUUGGAUCAAAGAUGAUGAAUGGAUAAAACAAAUUUAUUACGUUGAGCAAAUAUAUAAAAAUAUUUUAUUGGUAUGUCAAAUAAUUUUUCCCGAUAUAUGGAGAAAAAAAAUUAUGUUGGUACCAGAAAAGUUUUUAUCAGAUAUUGUUUUUGUAUUUUUCGGCGAUAGCGGAAAGAGUCUUAGACAAAUACAAAAGAAAAUGGCUCGUAUAUUAGACAAUAACGAUUAUCUAAUAGAGUUGUCAACAGAAAUCUAUGAAAUUAUAACGAAAUAA